AUGAAUGACGUCUUCAGGUUAUUGCUUGCUUCUUCAUCAUUUGUUUUAUUGUUUGGAAUGAUUUCAAAAUACAUCAAGAACAAUCUAUUUCUAUCGGAAUCAUUAAUUUCAGUGCUCGUAGGAAUAGUUCUUGGCCAUCACGGAUUGAAUGUUUUUGACACGAAUUACGUCUAUUCCAAAAUCAUGAUGUACAAUUUUUCAAGGAUUGUUCUCUGUAUCCAGACAAUGACUGUUGCAAUGUCCUUACCAAAAAACUAUGUGGUUGUGAAAUGGCAAUCCAUCUUUUUUCUUGUUAUCGUAGUAGGCAUAAUCAAAUGCUCAUUUUCAUUCUGUCUGGUAUAUCUCUUCACAAACUACAACAAAUCUAUCUCAUGGUCAUUAGCCUCCUGCCUGACUCCUACAGAUCCUAUCCUAAGCUCCAGUAUAAUACAUGGAAAACUUGCAAUGAAGAUGGUUCCAGAAAGAAUCAGACUACUUCUUGCCGCAGAAAGUGGAAUAAAUGAUGGAAUGGGGAUUUUCCUCCUCUUUCUUGGGCUGGAUUUACUUGGGCAUGGACUAGAGAAUGGGAUUUAUCCAUUCAUCAUAAAUAGCAUACUCAUCAGAGUGCUAUUUUCUGCAGUUAUAGGCCUUUCCGUUGGCAUUCUGUCAAGGCAAGGUCUGAAGUAUUGCUAUACAAGAAGAUUGGUAGGUGUUGAAUCCUUUCUUGCUCAUGGUAUAAUCCUUGCUGUGUUUUCAAUGGCACUUAUGGAGUUUAUAGGCGGAAGCGAGCUGAUAUGCAUAUUCUUUGCUGGAAUAAUGUUUCCCUUUGACGAGUGGUUUGUGCUGGAGACCAAGAACUCAAGCCUGCAAGAAAUAACAGACACAAUCCUCAGCACCUCGUUCUUCUUGUUUUUCGGCUCCAGAAUAGAUUUUGGAAGAUUUACGUUAUCAAAUGUAAUUGUAUCACUUGUCAUAAUUUUCAUCAGAAGGCCUGUCAUAUGUUGCCUUACGUAUCGUCAAAUCCCCGAGCUAAGGUCUCGAAGAGAGGCCUUGUUUGUAGGGUGGUUUGGCCCUAUCGGCGUAGGUGCACUGUACUAUGCACUUCUUACUGACAAGAUCCAGGAGACGCUUACAAUCGACUUUGUCAGCUGUACUGUGUUUCUGAGUGUAAUGAUACAUGGAUUGACAGUCCCCAUAUAUACCUACAUGAAAAGAGAGAGCUUGAAUUUCAAUUAUGAAGGGGAAGAACGCUCAAAUGUUCUCUGGCACGAAGGCUGGGGACCUUAG